CAACUGCAAAGAGAAAGCUCAAGAACGCGAGUCGCGAGAUGGCCGGCUGCUGCGUCUUCCUGCGGUGGCCGUCGACCUCUCCGUCCUCCUCCCGCCUCGGCUACCGCUCCCUCGGCGGCGGCGACGACGACGGCGCGGCCUGCUCGUCGGUGGUGACGGUCGUCGUCGGCAAGGAGCGGCGGGUGUUCUCCGUCGACCAGCUCGUGCUCGACACCUACCCGUUCCGGCUGCUCCUGGAGACGGUGGCGAGGAAGGAGGAGAGCAAGGCGCUCUUCGUCGACGUCGACGCCAUCCUGUUCGAGCACAUGCUCUGGCUCGCCGGCCACCAUGACCGCUCCUCUGUCUCCCUCCUCCACCUCGACCUCAAGGAGAUCGUCGACUUCUACUCCCAGGACGCCUGAUUCUCUCCCUGCAUCAAGGAGGAUUCUUCUUCACCAGAUUUUUGAUCACUUCUUUGUUUUUUUUUUACCUCUGAAUCAUGUGCAUAUAUAAUGAAUUGAUGAUAUGGUUAUAUCUGCAAACAACGAUGAAUAUUGGCAACGAAAAUACUGUUACAAAACGUUCACGUUUGAUUUGGUUGUUUCUUGGUUACGCCAUUUCUGAAGAGGCUUACCAGUUCUCUGAAGAUGUCAUGUUUUCUCCUUUUUCUCACUAUGCGUGUGCGUUCACGUCGCUGUUACAGGCCAAAGGAAG